AUGUCAGGUAAUAAAAGUAAAAUGAACCAACAGGGCAAGGGUGGAAAAGAAGAAGGAAAAUCAAGCAUUGUUCCUUUUGAUGAUAUCAAAACAAAAACAGGUCAAGAAAUUCUCGAUUUAUUCGAAGUGGUUUUCAAAGACCAGUUACAAUCAGAACAGUUAUAUGAUCAAAUUCAGCUUAUAAAGCAGCAGCUAUAUGAGAGAAAUUAUUUGGAGGCAUUUGGAGAUGGUACAAGAAACAAAUUUUACAUGGCUAGGUGGUCACCUAGUCGGGCGUUAGCUUAUGCGUCGAUUUUUUCAUAUCUUGAAGAAGUUUAUCACUUAUUGACAAGUAUCAAAACCAGUGAGGAUAAUUUGGUGAAUUGUUUGAGUAUUGGAGGUGGAGCAGGGGGGGAGUUUGUUGGAAUAGCUUCUGUUUUUUCGCGAAUGAUGGAAAACCUGGCAAACAUUGGUUCUAAGAAGGUAAAGGUAAAUAUCGUGGAUAUUUCUGAUUGGCAUGACGGUUUAAAGGAUAUCUUUGGAUAUAUUGAUACAAAUUGGUUGGUUGGAAGUUCUGAUUUGAGUUAUACAUUUGAUAAAAGAGAUAUUUUGCAAAUGGGUGUUGAGGAAUUGGGAUUGGCUAGUCAAAACUUUAUAACCCUGUUGUUCACCACCAAUGAACUUUUCAGAGAGAACAAAGUUGAGGCAAUUCGCUUUUUACAAAAAUUGAAUAAAUAUUGCAUCAAAGGAUGUUAUUUUUUGAUAGUUGAGUCAGCAGGAUCAUUUUCCCAUAUUGAUAUCGGAUCCAAAACAUUUCCAAUACAGUUUCUUAUUGACACAAUCUUGACAGGUAAACCUGGUGAAGAUGGAAGCUGGGAACUCAUAAACCGUGAUGAUAGUUGUUGGUUUAGAAUUGAAAAGCAUUUAAAUUAUAGCAUGAAGUUGGAAAAUAUGAGAUUUUUCUAUCGCUUAUAUAGAAAGUGUUGA